CUCUCGGGCGACCACCGACGCAAGAUGUGGCCUUCGCAUCAGUCCCGAGACGCUACAAUCAUCGGACGACCACCGAUAGCACCAAGCUCAGAAGAAAUGUCUAGGCAAGUGACUAAUAGGGCAUCUGGGAUCUGGGGAAUGUGUGGGCGACACGAACCAUCCCCGCACGCUGGACAAGCAACAAUGGACGAGAAAACGCAUGGCCAACUGUGCAUCAUAUCGACUCUUGGACGACAUUAGCUGUUGUAGCAAGGUAUUAAGAAGCCGAAGAUCUCGAAACGCUAUCGCCGGAUGCUGCACCGCUCAGACCCUUUCUUCUCUCUACCCGCCAUUGCGUAGCCAACCUCCACCGCCGACAUCACCAUGACUACCGACAAAAAGUUCCUGGAGCAAAGCUGCGAGACUGUCAAGCUUGAGGAUGCUGGGCUUUCUGAAGCCGAGAUCUUUCUCCAGAGCUAUCCUCUGCUGCGAGAGAAGUCCAAGGAUGAGCUCGACAGAUUGAACAAGGCUGUUCUGAAGAAAUUGGAUUGGAAGUUUUUGCUCAUCAUUACGUUGAUGCUGUUGAUGAAUUAUCUUGAUCGCAUCAAUGUCUCUAAUGCCCGCCUUGCUGGUAUGCAACAUGACAUCCAUAUGAGCGAUGUGGAGUGGUCUGCUGGCAUCUCGCUCUUCUACGUGGGAUACAUCAUCUCACAGGUACCUGCAAACAUCAUCAUGUCGAAACAGAAGCCACGCAUCUGGAUGCCCUGCAUAAUGCUAGCGUGGUCAUCCGUCACCAUUUGUAUGCCUGCAUGCACUAGGCCAUGGCACUUCAUGCUUUGUCGCUUUCUUGUUGGCUUCACUGAGGGCCCAUUCCUCCCUGUGGUGGCGCUCAUGACCUCAAGUUGGUAUACCAAACAGGAAAGUCCUCUACGGAUGGCAAUCUGGCACGCAGGAAACAUCGUCUCGAAUGUGUUCUCUGGUCUCCUUGCGGCGGGCAUCUUGACCAACAUGGACAAUAUUGCGGGUCUACAUGCAUGGCAGUGGUUUCUCCUGUUGGAGGGUAUCGUGUCCAUCAUGGUUGCCAUUCCCGGAUUCUGGCUUCUUCCGAACUUCCCCAACAACACCGGAACGUACUACUUCACCGCUGAAGAGCAACAGAUGGCGCAAUACCGCCAGUCCGUGUCUUCUGGUAUGGUAUUGGAGGACGAAGAAGGGGACUAUAUUGGCGAAUUGAUGCAGGCUGUUCGAGAUCCAUUUACGUGGCUAUUUGCCGGCAUACAUUUCUCUCUUAUCAUCGCCCAGUCAUUCAAAGACUUCUUUCCAUCCAUCAUGGACACCUUGGGCUUUGCAAAGGUUCAAACCUAUCUUGUUCAGGCCCCGCCAUACGUGAUAGCUUAUAUCGUCACGCUGGUCGUGUCAUGGUCGUCUGGCCGUAUGCUCGAACACGGCUAUCAUAUCAUCGGCGCUAUCUCGACAACCCUCAUUGGGGCAAUCAUCAUGAUCAGCACGCUGAACACAGGUGCGAGGUAUUUUUCCAUGAUUCUUCUCUGUUGCGCACCGUUCGUCGGGCUCAACAUCCAGCUCUCAUGGGAGACUACAGUUGUGCCUCGUCCGCGGACCAAAAGAGCUGCACUUAUUGCGAUCGCAAACUGUGUGUCAAGCGUCAGUCAUUGGUUCACGCCAUAUUUUUUCCUCACGAACCAGGAGCCGAGAUAUGAGACAGGAGGUGGGUGUAUCAUUGCCGGAUGUGGCUUGACUAUCAUACUGUGCCUUGCGACGAAGUGGUGGUGCAAUAAGAAGAACAAAGAUUUGAUUGCGAAAGAGGAGCGAACAGGGGUGACUAAUAGCUGGAGAUUUGCAACGUAGGCUGCUAAUAGAGGGAGGUUUCGAAUAGUCUUCAUAGCAG